AACCGGGCCAUUAACUCGGUGACGUCAAAACUUGCCCAUCUCAGCACUUCCUAGCCUGCAAUUUUAAUUUUUUUUUGCUACUAUAAAAUCUAGGGCUCAUCACAUGUCUUGUAAGAAAAUUUUAGGUUUCUGCAGAACUUUCACCAAACUUGGAUUAAUGGGCAGAUUCAAUAUUACAUCUUUUUCAAUACCAUUUGUACUUCUUUUCAUCAAAUCCAUUCAAUCUUCUCAUGGGUUAUCAGUGUCAUGUAUGAUAGAUUACGAUAAUGGUGGUGCCCCUGCAGUUUAUGAGUCUCAAGAGUGUCCACGAUGGGUUCUCUCUAAUGGGUCUCUUAAAAAUCAGAAUAUCAAGAACUGCCAGUUCGCCACACUCCAAGGACGCAGGGAGUAUCAAGAAGACCGUGUAGUGUGCAAUCUUGAUAUGAAACUACCCUUGCUAAAGAACAACUCUCUUCUUGAUUUUGAAGAGGAUACAGUUGGUAUUGUAGCCGUUUUUGAUGGGCAUGGUGGUAAAGAAGCGAGUGAGAUGGGGUCAAAGCUUUUGUUUGAUUACUUUAAGGUGCACCUUGUGUUUCUGUCAUAUAAGCUAAUGGGAAUAUACAAAGGAGAGAUGCCUUUGAGUGAUUAUAAAGCCAAUAAAUUGGGGGUUUUAAGAGAAUCAUUGUUGAAGACAAUUUUUGACAUUGAUCUUAAGUUUACUCAGGAGGCUAUUAAAAAUGGCUAUUUCUCAGGCUCUACUGCCAAUGUGGUUCUUUUGUAUGAUGGGCAGAUUUUAGUUGCCAAUGUUGGUGAUUCUAAGGCUCUUCUCAUGUCAGAGAAAAUCCCUUCUGGUGAUUCAAGAGUAAAUCUUUCAGCUACAGAACUGACAUAUGAUCAUCACCCAGAGAGGGAAGAUGAGAAGGCAAGAAUUAAAACAGCUGGUGGUUCUGUUAUUGUAUGGGGUGUGCCUAGAGUGAAUGGAGUGCUUGCAAUGUCUCGGUCCAUUGGUGAUGUAGCCUUAAAAAGGUUUGGUGUUAUAGCCGAGCCUGAGUUUACAGGUUGGAGAGUUUUAACUGCAAAUGAUAGCUACUUGGUGGUAGCAUCUGAUGGUAUAUUUGAGAGCUUGAAACCACAAGAUGUAGCUGAGCUGAUAUUUGAAUGGAAUUUAAUUCCUGAAAGGAGAGAAGAAUCAAAGCUUCCACUUUCAUGCAUGUUUUCUGAAUCGCUGGCAGAGUGUAUAAUAACAAUUGCAUAUGAGAAAGGGAGUCAUGAUAACUUGUCUGCUAUUGUAGUUCCUUUGUGAUAGAGAGCUUUUAUGACUCGACAAAGAGAAAACACUGAUCACUUGGGUUGAAGAGGUGGUUGCACAGAAUUUUGCGAGAUAAGGUACUGGGAGAAAUACAGUUCUGAAACUGUAUCCGACAAGAACCUGUGGGUAGAUAGAUGUGUAGUUCUAGGGAGUCUAUUUGAAUGCUUUCUUGGGCAUGUUUUCCUCCGCCAUUUGAGAGCAUUUUGGCAUGUUAACGAUGCUUGUAUCAAACUUUAGAAUGAAAGACCUUUGGUCCCCGUUUUUUUUUCCGUUUA